CUUCGCCGACUUGUUUGUGAAAAGACAAAAUUACAGUUUGCAGUGAGCCUGAAGCGUCAUCUUGUCGCCAUCUAAUUAGCUAUUGUCCUCAACCCAAUAUACAUAUGCCAUACAUGACCUGCAAACAACAUUUAAUUUUUUUUGCAAAGCUUAGAGGUCUAACGCAUCGUGAGGCCGCAAUUUUAACGAAUAAAUUACUUCAACAACUGAACCUUUCAAAAAAAGCUCAUAAUUAUGGUAAAAAUCUGUCAGGAGGCAUGAAAAGACGUUUAUCGUUGGGCAUUGCUAUGGCAGGCGAUACAAAUUUGCAUACGACGUUUACUUCUUUUUGUUUAAGAGUGCGUUCCAUACGGCGGUUGACGAUGCGGAGACAAAUGCUUGUGCGAUUCCUUUUUUGGAUGAUUAAAUUGGUCAACUAAAAAUGAUCUGAAAGAAACAUAUAACAAUAAUUAUGAAACGCAAAAUUUAUGAAAAUUCUUAUCUUACCUCUUCUACCACAUCGCUCA